ACGUAAUUAAUUAAUUCAGUUCAAAGAUUCGGAGACGGAGCAAAACCCUAAAGGGUUCUUGCAAGAAGCAGUCGCCGCCGGAUUGAUUGAUCUCAGCCGUUAAAUUCUACCUCCCCUUCCCCUCACUCCUUGUCUCCUUAACCGAAAGCUCACCGGGUUCCUGUCUUCCUCUCUCUCUUUCCGUUUUCGGGCGUCACUUUUCCGGACAAUAAAUUUCUCGCUGGAAUUGUGCUCGAACGCUGAUGACGAUGAUAGCUGGGUAGUUUAUUUAUGGGUUCGAGCUCGAAUUUUUCGGUCGAACGAUCAGUGGAAGUUUAGCAUAUGAUCAGCUCCAAAAAGUGGAGAUGCGUGAUUAAUUAGCUGGAGAGACCAAUGUUGGGUAACAGCGAAGGAUCGUUUGGAGAUGAGCUGGAGAAGGAGAUAGGGAUGCUGCUCCAGGAGCGGAGAAGGCAGGACGCUGAUGAUCGGGAGCGCGAGCUUAACAUUUACCGAAGUGGGUCCGCCCCGCCCACCGUUGAGGGUUCAUUAAGUGCAGUCGGAGGGUUGUUCGGAGGAGGCGGUGGCGCAGCGUUCCCGGAGCUCGAGGCGAAUGGGUUUGCAUCUGAGGAGGAGCUUAGGUCUGAUCCUGCUUAUCUCUCUUAUUACUAUUCUAACGUAAACCUGAACCCACGGCUGCCUCCGCCUUUGCUCUCGAAGGAGGAUUGGAGGUUCACCCAGAGGCUCAAGGGAGGGGGACCGGUGUUAGGUGGGAUAGGAGAUAGGAGGAAGGCGAAUAAUAGUAGACCUGAUAAUGGUGUAGGGAGGUCCUUGUUUUCUACACCCCCUGGGUUCGAUUCAAAGAAACCCAUUAAUGAUUCUGAGCUGGAGAAGGGUCAUGGCUUGACCGACUGGGGCAAUGAUGGAUUGAUCGGUUUGUCCGGAUUAGGGCUAGGAAAUAAGCAAAAGAGCCUCACUGAAAUCUUUCAGGGCGACUUAGGCUGUGCAGCACCAGUCACUGGGCACCCUUCUCGUCCAUCGAGCCGAAAUUGCUUCGAUGAAAAUGUUGACAAGAUCAGCUCUGCCGAGGCUGAGCUGGCAAAGUUGCGGCGGGAAUUGACCUCUUCAGAGUCUUUGAGGUGCACUGGAAAUGGUCACAGUUCCUCCGCAUCCCAGAACAUGGGUUCUAGUUCUUCAUACUCUUAUGCAGCAGUCCUCGGUUCUUCAUUGUCCCGAAGCAAUACGCCUGAUCCUGUGAUUGCUCGGGCUCCAAGCCCCUGUCUUACUCCUAUUGGAGGAGAGAGAGCUGCCGCUGCAGAGAAGAGAUCCAUGACUGUUUCUCACUCUCUUAAUAACCUCUCUUCCACCCUCAACGAAUCUGGAAAUUUAGCUGCGGCUCUAUCGGGACUGAACCUGUCAACUAAUGGUGCACUGGACGGAGAAAAGAUUCUAAAGCCACAAGUUGAAAUGAAACCCGAUAAUAAUCAUCGGGAAUCCUCCUUCGGUGUACAGGGCACUCAGAGUCACGCUAAACAACAUACUUAUUUAAGGGAGGCCUCUUCUGGGCAUCUAAAUAUUGAAGGCGGAUCAGAAGCAAACAGAACCUUUUUAGCUGAUCGCCACGUCGAAAAAUCUUCUGCUGCUUCUGCUUCUAGAAGCUCUUACAUGAAAGGAUCACCCACCUCUAUUUCUAAUGGUGGAGGCCACUUGGCUGCGCAAUAUCAAGUUAUGGGCAGUCCAAAAGCAUCAUUUGAUAAUUACAGCCUGGGCUGUUUCUCCUUAGAAUCUGCAUUGUCAGGACAACUAGGAACAGGAAAUCUUCCUCCCCUAUAUGAGAAUGUUGCUGCAGCCUCUGCUUUUGGAGGGGGUCUAGCUUCUGGAUCGAACAUGGCCGCUGCGUCAGAAUCCAGUAAUCUGAGUCGAAUGGCAAGCCAAAUUUCAGGUGGUGGAGCUCUUCAGGCACCUUUUAUGGACCCCAUGUACCUUCAAUAUCUGAGGACCAGUGAAUAUGCUGCACAAUUGGCGGCUCUUAACGAUGCCUCAGGAGAUAGGAACUACUUGGGGAACUCUUACUUGAAUGUUCUGGAGAUGCAAAAGGCUUAUCUGGGAUCACUGGAAUCACCUCAGAAGUCCAUGUAUAAUGUCCCCUUGAGUAGUAAAACGGCUGGUUCGAAUCACCAUGGUUUUUACAGUAAUCGAGCUUUUGGUGGUGGAGUUUCAUAUCCAGGAAGUCCAUUAGCGAAUCCUCUAAUUCCAGAUUCUCCGGUAGGGCCUGGAAGUCCAAUGAGGCACAAUGACUUUAUGCGUAUGAGGAACUUAGCUGGUUGGCAGUUCGAUGGAGGCUACAGCAUGAAUGAGAGCUUUGCAUCGUCUCUUCUGGAAGAAUUCAAGAACAACAAAACUAAAUGUUUUGAGCUCUCUGAGAUUGCAGGCCAUGUUGUUGAGUUCAGUGCUGAUCAGUAUGGGAGCAGAUUUAUCCAACAGAAACUUGAAACAGCGACCAUAGAAGAGAAAAACAUGGUUUAUCAGGAGAUCAUGGUGCAUGCUCUUAACCUGAUGACAGAUGUGUUUGGUAAUUAUGUUAUUCAAAAGUUCUUUGAGCAUGGACUUGCAUCUCAGAGGAGAGAACUCACCGGCAAAUUAUUUGGACAUGUAUUAUCGCUUAGCCUUCAGAUGUAUGGAUGUCGAGUAAUUCAAAAGGCCAUAGAAGUUGUUGAUUUAGACCAGAAAAUAAAUAUGGUUCAAGAGCUUGAUGGGCACAUCAUGCGUUGUGUUCGUGAUCAGAAUGGAAACCACGUUAUCCAGAAGUGCAUCGAAUGCAUUCCUGAAGAUGCUAUUGAUUUUAUUGUCUCAACAUUCUUUGAUCAGGUGGUGACCCUCUCCACACAUCCAUAUGGUUGUCGUGUGAUACAGAGAGUGUUGGAGCAUUGCAAAGACCAGAAUACACAGAGUAAAGUCAUGGAUGAGAUCUUAGGAUCUGUCAGCAUGCUCGCACAAGAUCAGUAUGGAAAUUAUGUGGUUCAGCAUGUACUCGAGCAUGGGAAACCACACGAGCGAUCUGCUAUUAUCAAGGAGUUGACUGGGAACAUAGUUGAGAUGAGUCAACAGAAAUUUGCAUCAAACGUCGUGGAGAAGUGCUUGGCAUUUGGUAGUGCUGCUGAGCGCCAGCUUAUGGUAGAUGAGAUGCUUGGAACAACCGAUGAGAAUGAGCCUCUUCAGGCAAUGAUGAAAGAUCAGUUUGGGAAUUAUGUUGUUCAGAAAGUGCUGGAGACAUGUGAUGAUCGUCAGAGAGAGUUGAUUCUUUCUCGGAUCAAAGUUCACCUAACUGCCCUGAAGAAAUACACUUAUGGAAAGCAUAUCGUAGCCCGUGUAGAGAAGCUUGUUGCUGCUGGGGAAAGAAGAAUGGCUGCUCAAUCUCUGAACACUGUAGGGAGUUAAUAGGAAAGGAAAUCGAGUUUGUACAGCUAACUGAGGUUGAGCUGAACAUGAGCUUCCUCUUCCUGUUUUCUCUUCCUUCGUGAGUUGUGGCUCUUACCUUGUAUCUUUUAGAAGAAAGUAUGAGCCAGUCGAUAAUAAAGUCGGUGCUUUUAGUGUAUGGAGAACUGUAAAUUAUUGUAGUUUCAGUUGAUAUACGUAUAAAAAUUGAGCGGAGACAAGGUGCUGGUGUUGAAUGUGCGCAUUUUUCAAGUGUAAAGAAAAUUACGUAAGGUGGGGCGAGGCUGUACAAAAGGUUUGCCAUGUGGAGAGCUGUUAAUAUGUUAGGCACGGCAGAAAUUUUCUAUAAAGUAUUGAAAUGACAUUUUCCUUUCAUGACA